AUGGAAUUGAAGGACACAUUAUCAUGGACCAAAAGUCCAUUAAUCAUCAAUGCUCCCAUGGGCGGCAUAGCUACUGCAGACCUAGCAAUCGCAGUCACCAAAGCUGGCGGACUCGGCCAAAUCGGCGGAGUGCCUGACUAUGGAGAUCUGUCGAAGCAGCUGUCACAAGCAGAGUCUGCUCUCGGCCGCACGAGCAAUGGCCUCCUUCCCAUCGGCGUGGGAAUCUUGUCCUUCCUCAUGUCACAAGAGGACACCAUGCCCAUUCUAGAGAGAUAUCGGCCUGCUGUCGUCUGGAUCUUCGCAUCUCACAACCUAUCGGACUAUUCUGCAUGGGCGAAAUCGAUCAGGGAAAGACUUCCCUCCAGUCAACUUUGGAUCCAGAUUGGCUCGGUGGGAGGCGCAGUUCGAGUUGCGAAAGAUGCGAAACCUGAUGUCCUGUGUCUGCAAGGCAUCGAUGCAGGCGGGCAUGGAUUUGAGAAGGGAGCAGGAAUCAUUUCGCUGCGUAUUGCAGAUGGCAGAGCGGUCGCUGCCGCACUCGUGUUGGGUGCUGAGGGCGUGGUGAUGGGCACGAGGUUCCUGAGUGCGCCAGAGACCAGAGUGCAUCCGCAGUAUCGUGAAGCUAUCAUUCACGCCAAGGAUGGUGGACAGAGUACGGUCAGAGACAAGGUUUUCGAUGAAUUGAGAGGACCAAAUCAAUGGCCUGGUGAUUACGAUGGAAGAAGCAUCCGGACAGCCAGUUAUCGAGAUAAAGCAGAAGGCGUGCACAUUGACGAAAUUCGGCAACGACAUGCUGAUGCCGCUCUCGGCGAAAGUGCCGGCUACGCGGCGGAUGGUACGAGCGGGAGGGCGGCGACUUGGGCGGGCACUGGAGUUGGGCUGGUGACCAAGGCACAGCGAGCUGCUGAAGUCGUGGAGGAAGUGAGGCAACAAGCGGCUGCAUCACUCGAAGCAGUCAGAUCACGAUUUCAAGAUACUGCGAACUGA